AUGGACCCAUUCGACAACUGGAAUGGCGACGAUCACAUAGAUUUCAAUCUAUUCGACAUCCCCAAGGAAAACAACAAUACCUCUCCCGAUAAUAAUUCAAUUAAUAACAACAAUAAUAACGAAAACUCUACACCCAAGAAUAAUGAUAAUAACAAAAGUAACAACAACAUGUCCACCCAAUUCAAACAUCAGCCCAAUCCUUCCAUAAAUAUCAACCCCCAUCAACAACAACAACAACAACAACAACAACAACAACAACAACAACAACAACAACAACAACACCACCAAAACCACCACAACCACCACCACCAUCAUCAUCAUCAGCCCCAGCUUCCUCCUCGUCAACCCUCCAUCAAAAAUGACACUCCAACAUCCGCAGCCAGUACCACUCUUUCGCUAAAACACCCCAGCGAUUUCGAUCUCUUCAAUUCAUCCGAUCUAAUAAAACGACAAAAAAAAACCCCCACCUCCGGAAACAACAACAAUACUAAUCCUAAUGAUGAUAUCAAACCAACUAAACGGAAAGGUCAGUACCCUCGCUCAUCCUUCUACAUCGGAACCUCCUCCAUUUACGACAGCGUUUUGAUCGAUAAUAUGAAAUUAAACGGCAUAGAUCAAGUACAGUUGACCCAAGACAUCUCAGUUAGAAGAGUAGACGGUAGCCUGAGAUUCCUACUAAGAGAAGACUACACCGAUGAACUAUACCUCCAAUCAUCCAGAGAUUUAGAAGAUAUCGAAAAAAUCGUCGAGCCGUACGGCCCCAUCUUGAUUGAAAUGUAUUUCAAAUUCAUCCACCCUUUCUAUCCUAUUCUUCACAAAAAAGUGUUUCUUGAAAAAUACGACAGAGGCUACAAAGAAGUCUCUGCCCCGCUAUUGAGCUCAGUCUACCUACUAGCAAUGGAACUCUGGGAAAGUGAGACAAAAUUGAUUGGACGCAAAAAACCGGAUAUUCACGCACUCUACAAAAUCGCCAAAAAAACCUUCCUCGAUGUCUUGGAAAGACCAAAAUUAACUGCUGUUCAAGCAGGGUUGUUGUUAUUACAAGGCACCAGAAAUAUCCCUUCUAAUGACAAUGGUUCAUCGAGAAAAUGGAUCUUGUGCUCACAAGUAGUUUCCCUAAUUGAAGAAUUGGGGUUAGGGGUCGAUUGUGGCAAUUGGAGAUUGCCAAAAUGGGAAAAAGGUUUAAGAAGAAGAUUAGCAUGGGCGGCAUUUUUCCAGGAUAAAUGGAUUUCUUUGAUCGAAUCGAGACCCAGUCAUUUGAUUCCUGGGAUCAACUGGUUAGUUAAUGAUUUGACGACCGACGACUUUAUCGAAUCAAGCACAAAGCUGUCAUUUAUGAAUAAUAAUAACAACAACAACAACAACAACAACAACAACAACAACAAUAAUAAUAAUAAUAAUAAUAACAAUAACAAUAAUAAGAACCCGCCAUCGUCGCCAAUUCAUGCGAUUGACGACAAUUCGGACACCGGAAAACUUUUCUUUAUAGAGCUAAUAAAUCUUUCCAAAAUCCUAUCAGAAAUCCUCAACAAGCUUUAUUCUUUAUCUGCUUCAGCGGGGGCCACUGCUAAUACCAUCGAGGACGUUCUCAAUACCGCCAAACCAAUCCAAUUGAAAUUGAGGGCUUGGAAUAGCUCUUUACCCCCUCAACUAACCGUCAUCAACCAUCAUCCAUCCCCAAAUAGAAUUCCUAACGCCAGCUCGCCGUCAUCCAUAACUCUGCCGUUAUCCAACCAAUUUAACCCAACUUCAAUUAAUAACAACAACAUUGCUUCCUUAGCGGCGUCUCGUCAGCCAAAUUCAAACACUUAUCUCAGAUUAGCAUACUUCAUCACCGAAAUCACUCUCCACCGGAAAAUUAUCACCACAUUAAGCCCAAUGGAACCUCCCGAAUUGGUUCACGUGUGUCGUAAUGCUGCUCAUACAAGGUUGGCGGCAGCAGUGGAAUUUCUCAUGUCUUUGAAAUCUGAGAAUAUUCAUUCAUUCUGGUACAGUACCGCCUGUUCAGAUUUUGCGAUGGUCGGGGCAUUUGCAAUGAUUUUAUACGUUACUGCCCCACCAAAUCGAAACCCAGAUGCCAAUAAUGCCAGUGGCGGUACCCCAAAUCAAUCGGAAAGAAGUUCAUUGAGAGACUUGAUAUUUAAUUAUCGGUGGUGUCUAAAAAUAAUCUCCAAGAACUUUUAUCAUGCAUGGAAGGCUCUAAGGCAAUUUGAUACCUUAUAUUCCCAAAUCCCGGAACUUGGCCAAGAUGUUGGGGACAAUGGGGGGAAACUAGAAACUACUAAAUCGAAAACUAGUAAUAAUGUCACCACACCUAACGAUAUGAAUGCCAAGAAUAAUAAUCCCAACAAUGGUAAUACCAAUAAUACCAAUAAUAAUAAUAAUAAUAAUAAUCAUAAUAACAACUCCAACGGUCAUGGUAACAACCCAAAUAAUCAUCCCUCAGGACCCGGUCAUCAGUGGGCCAUGCCACCACAUCCUCAAUACCCAAUCCACAACAACAUGUAUAUGAAUCAACCUCAUCCGAUGAUGAUGAUGCCUCCACAACACAUGUUGAGCCCUGUCAAUGGAAUCAUGCCAGGCCCAUUAGCCCCCUUAGGCCCACCAGGACAAGGGGUUUCACCAGGCGGGCCUCCAAAUGGUGUUGGACAAAUGAUGGGUUACGAUAUGCCGCAGCAUGGGAUGUCGCCUCAGUUGUUGGGGUAUAUGGCAGAUUCAACUGCCCAGAACAGUCCUAAUGAUAGCGUUCCUGAUUCCUGA